AACAAAGAAAGAUGGCCGAAGUAGUAGAGCUCCAGAAGCUGAAGCUUGCUGAACUGAGGCAGGAGUGCGAAGCCCGAGGUCUGGAAACCAAGGGAAAUAAAGGAGAACUCAUCGCCCGACUGCAGGCCUAUCUAGAGGAGCAUGAGGAAGAUGUGGACGUUGAUGACGUGCUGGCAGAGGACACAGAGGACUUCACGAAAGUUGAAAGUGCCAAUAAUGUGAAAGUCAGCAAGGAUCCAGAAUCUGAGAGCGAGCCGCCGGCUGAGAAGAAGGUGGUGAAGAUUACAGCUCCAUCUUCUGCUAGUGAACGGCUACAGAAGAGAGCUGAACGCUUCAACAUGCCUGCGACAGCUGAAAGCAAAAAGGCCAUGCGUGCUGAAAGGUUUGGCACAACCACCAGUGCUUCCACUCCCUCCUCAGGUCUCACUGCCAACAGUAAAACUGCUGUCAACAUGGAUCAGCUGAAGAAGAGGGCAGAAAGAUUUGGCAUAAACGUUUCAUCCGUUUCACAGAAGCUGGAAGAGGAUGAGAAGCUGAAGAAGAGGAAGGAGAGGUUUGGAGUCUUAACGACUGCAGGUUCAGCUGGAGGGGCCGAUGUUGAGGCAAAGAAGCUGAAACGUGCCGAAAGAUUUGGGAUUGUUUGAAGGAUGUUUCAGAGAUUUUUCUUUUUUGGUAAAACAUUUUUAUUGCUGCACAACCAAUAAUCCCGAAGACGACACGUCACUAAUUUCUACUAAUUCCUGUAAAUCAAAGGUACAGUUAAAUACAUUGAAAACAGAUGGGUGUGUAAGAUCAUUAAAUUAAAUUUGGGAACUAAUCCAGUUGUUAGAUGUAAAUUAGACUCUCGUUUGAUAAACCCUCCUAUCCUUAAUUAAAGCGUUGUUUUUCUAGAUCCUUGUAGCCUUGGAGCAUAUUUUAGUUCUUGUUUAUUUCUUGUAUGUUUGAUUGUUCUUUGUUAAACCUGUUUUAGGUCUAACCGAUAGAAACAUCAGUGUUAAUCUUUAUUCAAAGCUGCAAUUAAGCUAAUUUCAGUUUUCUUAAAUCAAGGGAAGAGUCUUUGGUUGCGUUUUGUUUUUACAGAUAAAGCUUUCUUACUGUUUAUCUGUGACUCAGCAUAAUAAAAACAUGUAAUCUGAAGCUAAAACAAAGCGUUAAACCACCCUAAAUAAGCCCAAUCAAACUGAAAAUUUGAGUUAGAGGUGAUGUUGCCAUGAAGCAACUGUAGGAAAAGUUGUAUUUGCUUAAGAGUCUGGCCUUUAACAGUGAACGUUUUCUUAAAUCAGGAUCUUUGUGUUUGUUUAACGAGAGUUUUAGUUCCAAUAGACUGUUAAAAAAGCAAUGCAAUGAUCAAUAACUCAGUGAUGCACUCCCAUCUUUUGAGGAGUGAAGAAUAAUGUUAAGUUCAUCCUUUUGCACUAACAUUAACCCAGUGUCUAGAAGUGUCUUUAUUAUGAACAAGAGAAAAAUGAAUGAUUCUGGCUCUAGGAACAGAAAUAUGUAAUACAUUUGUACAAGGGCUAAAUGAAACUGAAGAUGUAAUUGGAUUAAAACGGUUUUAUGAGAUGAAACUGCUAAUUUAAAUUAUAAACCUUGUAUUUCAUUCCAUGUGACAUAAUAUUAACAUUUUCCUGCUAUUCUUUUCAAAUGGUUUGACUCACGUCUGUGUAUUUACUGAGUAUUUAAUUGUACUAUUGAUUUGUCAGACAGCCUGGUCUUAUCUUUUAAGUGCACCAUGGAACUCGGGUUUGAGUUUUCAGUCCAUUUUAUAACGUUUUGUGAUUUAAAAUAAAGUGUUUUCAAUUUUU